UAAAGCGCAGGCGCCAAGUAACAUGGCGUAUUAAGUGGUAACGGUGGGGUUGAUCGGCUUUUUGAAUGUGGGGCUUCGUGUCGUUGUGUUUCUCCCGUCAGCUGAUGUCUCAGGGGACCAGUCGGCUCCAGCCGGUGGUCAGGAAUGGAGAGGUCAUUAGAUGCCGCCUGGUUCCAGGCUCGGCUUACCAAGGCCGAGCCUGUUCUGGGCCGGCGGCAGAACCCAGUCCUCUCCUCAUCACUACCCCCAUUUUCUACGUGAAUGCAAAACCUCAUAUCGGGCAUCUGUACUCGGCGGUGCUGGCGGACGCUUUGUAUCGUUUCAAGGUCCUAUCGGGGGCUGAAGCAAAGUUUACAACAGGAACAGAUGAGCAUGGCCUGAAGAUUCAACAAGCUGCAGACGCUGCAGCUAAGAGCCCAUUGGAUUUCUGUACAAGUAUAUCUGAGGAGUUCAAGAAAUUGUUCAAUAAGUCCCUAGUUUCAUAUACAGAUUAUAUUCGAACUACAGAGGAGCGUCACAAAACCGCUGUCCAACAUUUUUGGUGUGCUUUGCAUGAAAACGGUUACCUUUACCAAGCAACUUAUGAGGGAUGGUACUCCACUCCAGAUGAGACUUUCUUUUCUGAUUCACAAGUUUUGGAAAGAAAAGAUGCACAUGGAAAUGUUAUUAAAGUAUCUUUGGAAAGUGGUCACAAGGUAGAAUGGACUAAAGAAGAAAAUUACAUGUUCAAGCUAUCUGAAUUUAAACCAAAGUUAUUAACAUGGUUAAAGAAGAAUCCACAAGUAAUUCUGCCUGAAAAAUUCUAUCGUUUUGUUCUUCAUUGGCUAGAGGAAGACAUUCCAGAUAUAUCAGUGUCACGCCAAAGAAGCCGUUUGAAGUGGGGCAUUCCAGUUCCUGGAGAUCCAACACAAACAAUUUAUGUAUGGUUAGAUGCUUUAGUUAAUUACUUGACUGUAGCAGGUUAUCCAGAGGUUCAAGAUCUGCCUGCCAUGCAUCAUUUUAUUGGAAAAGAUAUUCUCAAAUUCCAUGCUGUCUAUUGGCCUGCUUUCCUAAUGGCAGCUGGCUUGCCGUUACCAAAACAAAUCUAUGUUCAUUCUCAUUGGACAGUCAAUGGUCAGAAGAUGUCCAAGAGCCUUGGAAAUGUUGUUGAUCCCACAGAAAGAUCUUCGGUAUACACUGUUGACGGCUUCAGAUAUUUUUUGCUGCGGCAAGGUGUGCCAGAUGCAGACUGUGACUAUUAUGAUAAUAAGGUGGUGAAAGUUCUAAAUGCAGAGCUUGCAGAUGCUUUAGGAGGCCUCCUUAACCGUUGUACAAGUAAAAGCAUGAAUCCUGAUCAAAUCUACUCAACAUUUUCAAACCACUGUUUUCCUGAGAGGCAUACAGAGGACCACAGUCCUCUGAUGAGCAGAGCAACAGCUGAAGAUUACAAAAUGAUUAAGUUGGUUGAACAACUGCCUUUGAAUGUUAAGGUCUGCUUCGAAAAUCUACAAAUUUAUAAGGCCUUGGAAGCCAUUAAUUUGUGUGUCCGAUUAACCAAUGGCUUUUUCCAUAGACACAUACCCUGGAAGCUUGACCGUAAAAUUGCUGAGGAGCGUUGUUGGCUGGAAACAGUACUUCACGUCACUUUCGAGUGUCUCCGUGUCUAUGGGAUUUUAUUGCAGCCAGUGAUCCCAACAAUUGCAGAUCAGCUGCUUUCACGGCUGGCUAUUGGCCCACAUGAGCGAGACUGGGGUCAUUUGAACUUUUUGGCCAGAUACCAUAAUGAUGUAUGCAUUUUUGAAGGAAGAAAAUUGGGGCCUGAUACAGGACCUCUGUUUAGUAGAUUAGAGAGGAUGGAUAAAACACCAAGCAAAGUACAAGGCAGUCGGAAGAAGAUAAACAACAAUCUGAAGUGAACUUGAAGCACUAAAUCUCCCAGACUCUUAGUGAAUGAUGAAUCCUGAAAAUGCUGUAUAUAUAGAUAUUAAGCAGUAAUUAGUGUAAAUAUUGUAACAUAAUUUCUAGUAUGAGAUGUUUUAUACAUUUGCCAACUAUAGUAUAUUUUUUCCUCCUAUUUUUAGGUAAGGCAUCAGAUCUGACCCAAAAUAUUUGUGAACAUGGGUUUGUGACUAUUCACCACAAGCUGCAUGAAACUGGCCUGUAAUGAUUCAUCUUUAAAAUGUUGGGUGUUUUUGUCAGUCUAAUAUUAUUCUGUAUAUAUUGAAAACACCUUUUAUGUCUCUGCUAUUCUUACUUUUUAACCAUCCACAGCAAUGGUAUGUUUUAUGAGCCUGAUUUGUACUCCUUGGUUAUCAUGCAGGUUAUUUUGUGUAUGGCCUUGUGUCAGAACAGUGCAUGAAUUGUAUAAUUAAAAAAAAAAUAAAAAAAAAUUACC